CGCCUGCAGGCGUCUGCCCGAAUCCCGGUGCACAGGGCGUCCCGGGGGCGGUCCGGCGGCGCAAUGGCGCAUAAAACCGCUGGCCACCUGCCGGCCCGCUCCUUCGUUCCCUGUUGUCCGAGGCCCGCUGUGCCUCUGCGGCCCGAGUCCCCAGAGUCGCCGCCUCUGUCGCCUCUGCCCUCGAGCCCGUCACCCGAAGGCGCGGAGCCCCGCGAGCGAGCGCCGUGUGAGCACGGGGGCGCCCAGUGAUGUGCAGCCGCGUCAGAGCGCGCUGGGGGGUCGCGGCGCUGGGCUGCACCGGGCUGCUGUGCGCGGUGCUGGGCGCCGUCAUGAUCGUGACGUUGCCCUCCAUCGUCAAGCAGCAAGUCUACAAGAAUGUGCGCAUCGACCCCAGUAGCCUGUCCUUCGGCAUGUGGAAGGAGAUCCCUGUCCCUUUCUACCUCUCCAUCUACUUCUUUGACGUCAUCAACCCCAAAGAGAUCCUUCAAGGCAAGAAGCCGGAGGUGCAGGAGCGUGGGCCCUACGUGUACAGGGAGUUCAGGCACAAAAGCAACAUCACCUUCAACGGCAACGACACGGUGUCCUUCCUCGAGUACCGCAGCUUCCAGUUCCAGCCCGACAGGUCCAGCGGCUCGGAGAGCGACUACAUUGUCAUGCCCAACAUCCUGGUGCUGGGUGCAUCGGUGAUGAUGGAGAAGAAGCCCAUGGCCCUGAAGCUGCUCAUGACCCUCGCGUUCAGCACCCUUGGCGAGCGCGCCUUCAUGAACCGCACGGUGGCCGACAUCAUGUGGGGCUACGAGGACCCGCUCGUGAACGUCAUCAAUAAGUACUUCCCCAGCAUGUUCCCCGUGAAGGGCAAGUUCGGGCUCUUUGCCGGGCUCAACAACUCUGAUUCCGGGCUCUUUACCGUGUUCACUGGGGUCAAAGACUUCAGCCGGGUCCACCUCGUGGACAAGUGGAAUGGGCUCAGCAAGGUCAACUUCUGGCAUUCAGAUCAGUGCAACAUGAUUAAUGGAACUUCUGGGCAGAUGUGGGCACCAUUUAUGACUCCUGAAUCCUCGCUGGAAUUCUACAGCCCUGAGGCCUGCCGGUCCAUGAAGCUCAUAUACCAGGAAGAAGGCAUGUUUGAAGGUAUCCCCACCUUUCGCUUCAAGGCCCCCAGCACAUUGUUUGCCAGCGGGGCCGACUACCCGCCCAACGAGGGCUUCUGCCCAUGUCUGAAGUCUGGAAUUCAGAACAUCAGCACCUGCAGGUUCAAUGCACCCUUGUUUCUCUCCCAUCCCCACUUCUACAACGCCGACCCUGUCCUGGCAGACGCAGUGCUCGGCCUCCACCCCAACGAAACAGAACAUUCCUUGUUCCUGGACAUCCACCCGCUCACGGGAAUCCCCAUGAACUGCUCUGUGAAACUGCAGCUGAGUCUCUACAUCAAGUCCAUCAAAGGCAUCGGACAAACUGCGCAGAUUGAGCCGGUGGUCCUGCCGCUGCUGUGGUUUGAGGAGAGAGGGGCCAUGGAGGGUGAGACCCUUCACACGUUCUAUAUCCAGCUGGUGUUGCUGCCCAAGGUGCUACACUACGCCCAGUAUGUCCUCCUUGCCCUGGGCUGUGUCCUGCUGUUCAUCUCCGUCGUCUACCAAAUCCGGAGCCAAGGUCCGGAAGAUACCAAGAGCCAGCCCAGCCCAGCCGCUCAGCCAGACCGGCUCCCCAGCCCCUUCACCCCACUUCUUCAGGAAUCUCUCAGUGGACAGCCCACCAGUCCCAAAGCCUGAACCUCCCAGGUGCCCCCCACACACGGCUGCACACUGCACACAACCCCACACACAUGUAUGCACAGGUGUGCACAGGUGUGUGCAGAUACACUCAGGGAUGGAGCGGCUGCUGAGGGGACUCCAGGAGAAGCUCAUCCACAAGGACUGUUCUGGAACCUUCUCUCCAAGUCACCCACAGGUGCUGUGGGCAUUGGGUCCUCUCCCUUGGGUGAGCCUGUUCAGCCGUUAAGACUACUUGUCCCAGUUGCUCUGUCCAUCAUUGUUGAAACACUGCAGCCUCCGCCCGGUGGCUUACCCAGUAGGACAGGGCUUUUACUCCGAGGGGCAGGCCACUGUCCUGAAACCCAGCCUGGGAGUGCAGACUUCCUGUGCCAGAGCCAGGUGGGCAGGGCUGCUGUGGGCUCAGUGCCCCGCCUGGACGCAGAGCUUUGGCCUCUACCCCUCUGGGCUGGGGGCACAGCCCGUUCACACAGGCCUCCAAAACCAGCAUGAGGGUCAGAUGCCCCGUGUACCUGCUCUGUCUCCUCAUCCCCCACAGGACUUUGAUCUCCCUGAACCCUGCACAGGCACUGGAUCUGGGUGUCUAGGACCCCCUUCCUCUAAGCUCAACUGACAUCAUCCUGUAUACUGAGCCAGCCACUCCUUGGCUGGGGUGGCAGGAGGCUCUGCCCCGAGCUGCCCCCCAACAAGGGCCCUCAUCUUUUAGGUGCUGGGGCAGAGGUGGAGUAGGACUGGGCCCCGAAAGCCUGGUGUCCGGUCGGGUGGGAGACUCAUCCACCUGAGGCUUCUGGUCCCGGGGGCAAGCCUCUGUCUCUUUUCUACUGGAAGAGAAAUGAGUUUUAUCAUCUUUUAAAAAUAAUUCACUAUUGAAGUAAUAAACCUUUAAAAAAAAAGCGAAUGCUUGCAUCUGUGACA